UCUCCAUCUCACACCGGCGACGACUUACUUUUUUCUUUUCUAUUUUUAAACCUGUACACUGUACAACUGACUUCAAAGUUUCACCGAAAAGCAAUUUUGCGGAAACAAAACUCGGACAGAGAAUUCAGCGUUUCCAUGCGGAUUGUAUGUGCUUAUACGAUUGUACGGCGGUCAGUGACCAGGUGUGUGUGAUCCUCAGGCGGAAGACUCACUCGGUCCCUUCCAGCCAGGAGGAGGAGCUGCACCUCCGGCUCCAGCAUACGGGAAGGUAUUUGUCUGUAAGAGACUGAAAGCUGACCAAAAGUUUGUUGGCUUGGAUGCAGUUGAUGUCGAUCAAUUCUGGGAGAAAAAAACAACAAACCUGAAUUUCUUUGAGAGUUACAUCUGUGUCAAGAUUACACUUUUUGAUUACACAGACUAUAUAUAUUUCUACUCUUCUUACUACUAUCACUAUUACUACCAGUAUUAUUACUAUUACUACUACUACUUCAAGUAUUAUUACAAUUACUACUACAAUUAUUAUUAUAACCACUACCAAUAUUAGUAUCUGUUCUAUAAUUAUAUUUUUUUUAAUGCAUAGAAUGGGAGUCUACAGUAAGAGGGUACUUGUGGGUGUGUGGCCUUGCUGUCCUGCAUCAGAUUUCAGGUAGCUCCCAGCCAACACACCAUGCAACCCCGCAUAGCAUGUGUCUGUGCCAGGGGAAGUCUGCUGAGUAAAGCGCGCAGAGAGAGGGCAAAACAUCCAGAGAGACUUCCACACACACCCCUGACUCGUCCUAAAGCACACACACACUCUCGCAUACUCCCACUGACUGAGAAAUACUUCCAUACACGCUGACCCACAAAAUAGGGCAUGGGAAACUCCUCUCAGAAGGCAGGGGAGGAGGAAAAAGGAAAAGAAAAAGAAAAGGAAAAAGAGAGUGACCGUGAGGAGGACAUCGAGGAAGAGGAAAAAGCAAGAUUAAAAGAACAGGAAGGGCCACAGAAGCUGCCUGCGUGUUUUAAUGACUUGAUCUCAAGCAGUGAUCCCGUGCUGGAUCUGAGCCAUUUUAGUUUGCGAUACCUCCCGAAGCAAGUCGUGAGCCUGGAGCACUUGGAGAAACUGUACGUGUCUGCGAAUCGUUUCCGCAAUUUGCCUGACAGCAUUGCUCAGCUGCAAGGCCUGCGCACUCUUGCACUCGACUUAAACAAACUGGACGACGUCCCGCUGGGUGUGUGCCAGCUGACCAACCUCACCCACCUAUACCUUGGCAGCAAUCGACUCAUGAGCCUGCCACCAGAUUUCAGAAACCUGCAAAACCUACGUUGUCUCUGGAUGGAUGGUAACUACUUUCAGCACUUUCCCAAGGAGCUGUAUGAGCUUCCUAACCUGCGCUCACUGCAGAUGGGUGACAACAAACUGAAAAAGCUGCCUUCUGAUUUUUGCCGCAUGGAAGCUCUACGCACCAUCUGGCUCUAUGGCAACCGCUUCACCGAGUUCCCACGUGUUCUUCUGAAGAUGGAGCACUUGGAGAUUCUGGAUUUGGAUCGGAAUCGCAUCGCGGAGUUCCCUAGUCUUCUGCAGCUCCCAUCACUUCGACUUUUUUCCUAUGACCACAAUCCUGUGAAGUUUCCUCCACCUUUUGGAGAGGAUGUUUUGAUUGUUGGGGAAGGGGCUGCAGAUGCCUUGGAGGUAAGGCAGUUGAAAAAAGAAAGAAAGGAGCAAAAACAAAGAGAAGCUGAGGCGGCAGCCGCAGCUGCCGCCGCACCCGUAGAGACAAAGCCAACCAAACAAGGAAUACUAAAGAAACUCAGAAUGAGCAAGUCUUUUGCAGAAAGUGAUGUAGCAGCAUCAGUUGAAGGGGAUGUGACAUUACAGGGCAAAGAAGAAGAGGUGGAGUCUAAUAGACACACUGUGGUAUUUGAACAGGGGGAGCUUGAACAUGAGGGUGAGGGGUAUGAUGAUUAUGGAGAGUUAGAGUAUAAGCAAACUGAUGUACCCUACAAGUACAAAGGGUAGGUAGCCUGAGCAAGGAAGACGAGGGUAAUAAUUAAUAGAUUUCUCUCCUUUAGCCACAACUAGCAUCUUACAAUGCUAGAAUACUCUAGACUUUUUCAACAUAAUGUCCAUUUGCAAUAUUAGAAACCUAUGCAAAUUUCCCUGUACUGAGAUAUGAGUUGAGAACCAAUACUGGAAACUUGAGAGCUUUAAGAGCAGUUGCUAUUUUUUCUCAAUAAACCUUUAAAAUAUGCAAUUACUGCACUUUUAAUACCCUCUUAUCUCCGUAAACAAACACAGUAAACCAUUGUUCCAUUCGUGCUGGCGCUUCUACUUCAAAAUGUUUAUACUGAGAUAUUAUAAACAUCGCUAAAUCUCUAGCUCUGCAGUUACAAAUUGAAUGAAGGGGUUUGUCUGGAAUAAUUUAUUUAUAUAAUGUUUGUGUUUUAUUAUAUAAGAUCAUAUAACAGCCACCUGCUUGCCAGUGUAUUUUGCAGUUCUAUUCUCCAAAUCCCAAAACAGUCAGUGUCAUGUAGUAAACCAUGCAUUUUUUUGCCAUUGAGAUCUCAGAUGUAAGCAACAAAACCCUCAAAAACAUCCUAUUUUGUAUGGCCAUUGAAUCACAAAACAAGGGGUAAUUAAAAGUAAUAAAAAUUAAUAAAUUAAUAAAUAGAAAUGUCUCAGUGAGCCUUGAUAGGCAGUAUGGUAAUAAGCUCACAAUUCUUUUAAGUCCUGCUGAGGCAAAUACAAGGUGUUUCUUUGACUAUAGUCGAUAUGAAAAACAAAUAACACCAAGCUAUUCUGCUAUGGUCAGCUCUGCUGAUGGUGUUGAGUCCUCAGUAUCAAGUAUAAUCUAUGCAACAGCAGUCCUCUGGGAGCUACACAAAAGACAGACAAAUUAUAAAGUCGGAGGCAAUAGUGAAAGCUCAGGCCUAGAGCAGAUUCUCUGGCCUAACAAUAAGGAUGUGAGGGACCUGAAAGAAAUUGGUGUAGUUUUAUACAAUUGCUGGAGCAAUACAGUCACUAAUAAUUCAUGACAUUCGCCUUUGUCUAAGACUUUCCACAUGUACACGCAAUCAAAGAAACUAACAUAAACAUUCCCAUAAAAAAGGCGAGUCAUCGUCUGAAAAGAUGAAUUGCACAGGUUUUGUGGUGAGCUGAAUAUUUCCAAAUACAUUCGAGUGCAGAAUUCUUGAACUUCUACCAAAAAAAUUGCUUUAGCAGAUAAUCUGAAAGCGAUAUCUGCCUUUAGACCAAAGUUUCAAGUAAAAUGGGUUUCUGUUAUCUCAGUACAAGGACAUAUUAAAAGUCUACAGGUUGUGGUAAAUAGAGAUUAAAUGAGUUAAAAAAAAAAAGAAGGAAAGCUUCUGUGAGAAAAAAAGUGAAACAAUUGCAAUACAGAACUCUCAACUUUAGAUUUUGCAAUUAAUUUAUUAUCAUAUCAUUAUCAUAACCUGUGAAGUCCAAUGUACACAGUGCAGAUGUAAUAAACCGAGGCUACGUCCACAUUAGAUUGAUUUGAAAACGCAUCUUUUUCCUGUAUGUUUAGUUUUUACAUUUCUUACUGAAAUUUUUUUUUGUCUAGCAAAGAUGGAGCAUUUUUUUUAAAUGCUCUCCCAACUGGAUAUUCAAUAACAAUGAAGUAUGUUAUUGAAUGAAGUCAAGACAAACAAGAUGGUGGACAAUGUUGUGUAGUUGUUGUUGUGCCUGCUAUUAAUUCUGAUAGCAUUGAAGUUUAAUGUCAAAUUGUACAACCUUCAGAUUGCAUUUUUUGUAAAGAAAAUGGAAAAUUAAUUUAAUGAGACGUAAAGUAAAAAGAUGGCUGAAGGAAAUGCUGCUGGCCAAAGCUUCUUUACAUGUAUGUCCAUGCCUGGUGUAGGGAUGUAAGCAUUUUUUUUUUAGACAUUUUGGUGUGGAUAAGCAGUAUUUAGAAAACGUUUGAAGACGUGUAGAUGGUGAGCGAUUGACAACCAAAAUGCACUUUUCAGAUCUAUCCAGAUUCAUGUGGACAUAGCCCUGAAACUGCAGCUUUAUACAUAAUAAAGACCAAUGUGUGUG